GUCGAAGCCUUGCUUCGUGGUCAUCCUGCUCCUAGCAGCUGAUGUCUUCGUCAUUGACUGUGCUCAAGAACUUUUGUAGCACGUGUACGAACAAAGCCCAUCUGUUUGCGCUAUCACCACGUCUCAUGACCGUGUACGCCUCGCCAAAGGACCAGUAUCUAUUAUUCUCGCUCUUCUAGAAAUGAAAAUGCAUUCUUGAUGGUACACUGCCGUUGGAUCUGAUUCGCCUUCGUCAGAAGACGGUAUGACGGCUUCGUCGCUUCUCAAAACUGAGUGGGACGCUCGACUGGAGGUGGUCACCAGUCUGCGGCACGAGCGACAGAAGCAGAAGCAGCAAGAGCUGCAGUCGCACCACGAGCAGCUCCGGGCAAAGGACGCCGAGAUCUGCGAGCUACUCCAUCUGCAGCAGCAGCACCUUCAGAAGAUCCGAGACCUGGAAAAGCAGUUGCAUCUCGCGGAGAAAAAACUGGGGUCUGCAUCCGGCGGAGCGGGAAACAGUACUACAACCUCGAGGAAGAAUUAUCAUUCUACAGCGAGCUCCUCCUGCUCUUCGAGCACAUUUCAGCCCCACGGUCGAUCGCACGGUGGCACGCAGGGCGCCGGAACGGCUGGCGGCGGAGUCACAAGGGCGACCUCUUCUACAAACGCGGUGGGAGCUGCGGCAUCGUCAAACCCACCACAGCUACUCCCCGGCGGCCCUGGGCAUGGUCAAUAUCAAAAUAGCAAUCUGCACCCGUCGUCGUAUGUCCACAACAGUCAGGGGGUACAAUCUCACAGCAGCAGCAGUAGUUCUUCGCACUACUAUAUCGAAAGGAAAAAUCCCCCCUCCCCAUAUCGAAAACGAAAUUUGUGAUGCUGUAUUUGAGGUCACAAAUCGACUCGUCAUGCUAGAAGGCCAAGAGCCGCAGUCGUGGCCUCGUUUGCAGGCAAUUUGUCAUGCUGUUUCCCACUCUCAGCUGCCUCCUAUCAUGCUGAAGAUGCAAGGCUUCCCCACGCCACCCAGCACUACAGCCCGCAUCUUUUCCCGUGUAGCAUGACAAAGCUGAUUUGUGACAACAAAUCUGCAUCACAGAUUUCCGUUUUGAUAUGGGGAGGGGGGAUUUUUCCUUUUGAUAUACUACUCCAACGCCUAUCACGCCCCCGACGAGGCCGGUGCGGGCUUUGGCGGUGGUGCAGGGCGGCACACGAAGGCUGCAAAUCUUCAGAGUGCGAGGGGGGAACAUUUCUACGCGUAUGUGAAUGGAGGUGGAGGUAGUGGCCAGCAGCAUGCAGCGGAAAACACAAGAGGGGGACAAGGACUACAUGCGCAGGUCCAGCACGGGGGUGCGACGGCCUCCAAUCAUGCACACUCGUCCAGCAUGCGGCACCUGCUUCAGUCCGAGCGGUUGGAAGCCCAGAUAUCCCCCGAAAGUGCUGCGUGAAGCUCGCGGUCAAUGCUGGAGAAUUUUUCUUCGUUGCGUUUUUGAUUUGAAAUAAAGCAAUACGUGGUGCUUCCGUCUUCAGGCGUAAACGUAGGGAGUAGCUCACUAUCUGAAGCGGCGCUGCAGCCCUGUGAUGGUCUUUGCGCAAAGAUUAUUUAUAUGUCUUUCUGUGUAUGAGUUUGAGUAUGCAAAUGCAUAAAAGACUUGUACUUGACUCACGACUUUGUGCCGGGAUAGGUGAAGAUGCACUCGCAAAAAGUGGACUUGGAGUCGAAGCUGCAGUCGCAGAAUCAGCACAAUCUGCAGUUGAAGGAGAAUUUGCAGAAUCUGAAGAAGCAAUUGGAGACGGAGCGGAAGGAGAAGCUGCGCUACUUUGCGGAAGUGAAGAAGCUGCAGCACCAAAACGACGCCCACCGAAUCCCCCACGCGUGCAACUUGGCGGCGCAGGCGCAGCAGAACCCGAGGUCGGGAAGCGCGGCAAUGUACACCGGCACUGCACCGGGUGGAGGCGGAAGCUCUUCGUCCACCGCGAACGGACCGGCAUCAAUGUCUCACCGCAGCGGAGCACAAAGCGCCGCGGCUCCCGGCGCUCGCGAGCGCUCGAACUCCGGGGACCGCGGAAGGCAAACGAAGGGCAGCAGCGCUCCCAAUGGCGCGCCGCCGGCACCGGUGCAACAAGCGAAUCAUGACAGGCGCGACCGUUCCCACUCAGGCGAAAAGAAGAUGAGCGCCCGCGGUGCCGACCGCUCACACUCCGGGAAUCGACCGCAGCGCCUUGCGAACGCGUUUGGAAAUUACUGCCUCGCGGAUCACGGUAUCGGUGUCCCAGGAUUUUUUCGAUUGUUUUUGCAUCGUGCACUCUGGCUAAGCCUCAUACGUUGAGUUCGUGCGCGAUCAUGCACGGAUCGUUGCAUUGCAUGGAGCUGUACCUUCCAUAUGAUUUUUGAAACAGACCGACUAAGCGGAGGCUCGUCCCUUCACCGACCGGGUUCCGCACGAAGAAGUCACACGGACGAGCGGCGCGGAGGUAAUUGUCACUUCAACAGAAUUUUCUUUCGUGUAAGGCUCCUCGGCAUUUUGGGAGGUUUUUACCUGGACAAAUGCAACAAGAAAUAUGAAAAAUUUGGAAAGAUGGCAUGUGGAUUGGUCAAUGAAAGGCUUCUUCUGCCACGGAUUGGAAAAACUUCCCUUUCGCCAGGCCCCGCCGCGCCGAAAAUGACGGCCUCGGCGCAAUCGGAGAGCAGCAGCCGCUUACACAGCGGAGGCCGCGCGUCGCCGAAAACCUACACGGACACUGCCGGCGCCGGGGGCUUGGAAGACGCGAUGGCGGCCAGCAGCACGCGAUUUGGGUCGUCGCACCGCGUAGCUAUGGAGACAAAGUUGCGGCGGCCGCAGUCUCCAAGGGGGCGCAGUCCGCGGUUCGCAGCGCCGCAGCGGUUUCACCCCGGCGGUGCGUCGCAGGACGCAGCGGCCCCGCAAAAGAACCACAUGGCCGCGUACUACGCCUCGCAAAACGCCGCACGGUGAUCAUGGGAACGAAGUGCGAAAGUGUGGACGGGAAUGAGAGCGUUGAGCCCCUUAUUUGUGGCAGUCCAGAGUCAAUGUUCUUCCUCUUUUUAUUCUAUAAUACGCAA